CGUUGUAAAAAGAGGGGGAGGUAAGUCAUUAUUUAGGGGGAAGAAAGAAAGAAACAAAGUUGUCGACCGUGCAAUGCACACGGGGAGGGAUUUUAUUUAUCUCGAGCGACUCGUUUAGCCCAGCACCGGUCUGCUGGGGAGGAACUGUAACGGAGCGCCGGUUUCCCCUCAUUUCCUCCUCUCUCUCCAAACUUCUCCGCUACUAUUUGGCCCUGUCCCGGACAGGAUUGGUGCUGUGAAAACGGGAAUGAUAAAAGCAGCGGAGCUCAGGCGGAUGGACGGACGGACGGAGGAGGCUGCUAGCCAGAGUCGUGCGUGUGUGCUCUCUAGUUAAAGGUAAUCGUGUGUGUUUUUUUUCCGAGUACCUUUCGCCCUGAGAUGAAUGGCAGAAGUUGGGUGAGUCGACUGUCUGUGCGCAAGCGGAUUUAUUUUCUCGUGUUCACUGGACCCACAUGAAGGGGAGAUCGCCUGCAUCCUGCUGAAGCUCUGUCUGCUUUGUGCUGUUAAAAAAGAAAAUUCAAAGUGAGAGACAAACCUCCGCUCAGCCCUGGAUAACCACCACACCAGAGCAGCUUUACUCAAGCAGCUUCCAGACAGUUUAACACCGGAGGAGAUGCAGAUGUGGAGCCACAUGAGGGUCCACAAAGGAGGCCCUCCACGACCAUAGGUCACGGAAAAAGUGUCCUGGAUUUACGUUUCUUCCAUUUCCUGGCUGGAUUGACUUGAAGUGUUAGUAACUGUCUAAUAAUCCCAUGGAUUCUGCCUCACCACAGCCUACCUGUGCCUGUGGAUUUUCCACAUGAGGGCAAACCAGAUGACUCAGAGGACAUAAGUCAUGUAACCACCCUGAAAUGUCUUAAAAGUCUUAUUUAUCUGCUCUGUAUUUAUUGAGUGUGUAUAUAAAGGGUCCUUUUUGUAGGUUUGAGCUAGAUUCAAGGGUAGAUUUAUUUUUUUAAUAACAUUUCAACUGUUGUAGAUUUACUUGAACAUCUUUGUUCUGCUGUUUAUCUACUCUACUGUAUUAGAGCACAUUAUUCUGAAACCUAAAGGGAGUUGCUGUUAGACUCGACUCUGCCCGGGCAGGUAAAAAGCACAAGAAGGCUUCAUCAUGGACAGGCCGAUCAGCAAGUUAUUGGAGAAGUUAAAGCUGACAGACUCGGGGAGUGUGAAAUUCCACAGUUCAAAGAAGAAACACGACUCUGCCAACAACUCGAACAACAGCAACGCCAACGCUGGCAUCUCUGCUGGCAGCGGAGGGGGCAGCGGUCUGCCACCAGCUCCCAGCGCCACAGCUGCCUCGCCCUCAAGACCCGGCCAGUUCUCGCUUGCCUCUGCGACCACAAGCGAUCCAUGUGUUCCAGUGAGUGGGAGAGGAGGAGGAGGAGGAGGAGCAGGGAUGGGAAUGCCGCCCUCUCAGCUCCUCACCACACCUCCUACUUCCACCAUACCUCCAGAUGGCGAGCAGCCCAUUCACCCUUCCACCUUGGCACCACUCAGGCGUCCCUCCCCCCAGCAGAGAGCUUCCCGUUACCUGGGCGACGGUGUGGAUUCCCACCUGAGGCGCGAGUCCGGCCAGGGCCCUGAGAGCGACCCUCAGGGGGCGUUCGGCUCCAAGGCGUCCCUCAACCAGCGGCGCUACUCCCUGGAGCUCCAGCAGCUGGUCAGACGGCAGCAGCUCCUCUCCCAGCCGCCUCCUCUCUCCGUCCCCCCUCCGUACCCCGCUGCAGUGGGGUAUGGGUCCGCACCCAGGGGUGGCGGGGGCGGCCUGGCGGAGCCCAGCUACCUCUCCGAGCCUGAGAGGCACAAACGCCUCUCUCUGCAGGAGGCUCUGUUCUACAAGCGCCUCAGCACCGGCAGUGAACUGUGGGAGAGCACCAGGCCCGCAUCCCUGUCUCACCCACCGCAUCGCCCGUCUGAUAUGACCGGAGGAGGCGUAGGAGGAGGCUUCUUCUACCCUCCAGGACCGACCCUGAGCCCGUGUUCAUCCUUCAGCCUGCAGGAGUCCGUGCUGGUCAGCCCCAGGUCCAGCUUUGCCUCCAGCACCGCCAGCGGAGGAGGAGGUGGGAGUCCCAUGGGGAGCCGCUGCAGCAGCAACCGGACCAGCGGCAUCAGCUUAGGCUACGACUCCCGCUACUCCGCCUCCGGAGGCCUCCCUCCUCAGCAGCAGUCCCCCUCCGUGCAGGCUGGAGGCUCUGCGGUUGGUUAUGGAGCUCUGGGCAGAGCGGGGGUGACCCCUGUGGAGGCCUGGACUCAGUACCUGGACGUAGGGAUGCGACCAGGUGCACACGACAGCCGCCAUUCCUACCCACCGGCGGUAGGAAGCCCGGCAGCGACAUGCUACCAGGCAGGUCCAGAGUGGUGGGACGAGCAGCAGGCCGGGGUGAGAGGCAAAGAGGCCGGUGUGAUGGGAGAGAGGGCCCGGUACUCUGAUCUACCCGGCACCCGCUACCAAGAAGAGCUGACCCGACUGCUGCUGAGAGAUGCAGCGUUGGAAGGCGAGGGGCUGCUGGAAGGCCUGAUGCUGAAGGAGCAGUCCCUCGCCCUGACUGCUCUCUCCAAACCGAGCACAGCGCCAGUGGGGCCCUCAACAGCUGGAGGCCCGGUCAAACCUCUGGAGGACCAAGGAGCUGGAAGGGAGACCGUGGAAAACCGGCAGGAGUUCUUUGGAACCUGCGUGAAGUGUGGGAAAGGCGUGUACGGGGCGGAUAACGCCUGCCAGGCUCUGGACAACCUCUAUCACACUCGCUGCUUCACCUGUGUGUCCUGUGGACGCACCCUGAGAAACAAGGACUUCUACAACGUCAAUGGCUCUGUGUACUGUAAAGAGGAUUACAUGUUUUCGGGAUUCCAGGCUGCGGCUGAGAAGUGUAGCGUGUGUGGCCACCUUAUUCUGGAGCAGAUCCUGCAGGCUCUUGGGAACUCGUACCAUCCCGGUUGUUUCCGCUGUGUGAUGUGCUCCAAGGCUCUGGAUGGCGUCCCGUUCACCGUGGACCAACACAGCCACAUCUACUGUGUUGCAGACUACAACAAGACUUUCGCUCCCAAGUGCGCUGCCUGUUUACAACCCAUCCUACCUACUGAGGGCAGUGAAGAGAUCCUCAGGGUCGUGUCUAUGAACAAGGACUAUCACUUUGAGUGCUACCACUGUGAGGAGUGUGGCAAGCAGCUCUCAGAUAAGCCCGGCUCGCAGUGCUUCCCCCUGGACUCUCAUCUCCUGUGCCACUCCUGUCACAUGAGCAGAGUGUGCGCCACACAUAACAUUCCCCCUCACAACUCACACUGAUCCGCCUCUAUGCAGCUGUGGAUUUUUAAGAAGAAAAAAAAAAAAGAGAAAGCUGGUCUUAAUAUGCUGUCGUUGUCUCGUGUGCUUUUGCUCAGUCGUAGGUCUUUUUCUUCAAGUUGAAACUGCUGAUUUUCACACUUCCUUUUGUCUCCGACUUGGAUCAGUCUCCUUUGCCACAUGUGCUGCCUGCUGUACUUCUUGGACUAUUACUGUACCAUAGUUAAAAGGGAACAUAAAAGAAACUACUGCUUUUUUUUUUUACCCCAAUGUGGCUACUGUUUGCUGUAGAAGAACAAGGGAUUUUUUUUUUUGCUAAAAUGUUUUGUACAUAUGUUAUUGCUAGCAAAUAUUUUGCACUUAAAUUUGAUUUUACUGUAAGAGAUUUGUUACGUGAGUCUGUACAAGUUGGGGGAAAAACAUUACUGUAAUUUCUGUAUGUUGUAAUAAAUAUUUUCAUUUGUGCUCACAA